AUGGGAUGUGCCUCUAGUACAAGCGAUGAUAAACAUCAAUCAAGUCCAAAAAGUCCUAGGAAUUAUCGUAGAAGAUCGUAUGCAGCACGACAUUCACCACAUCGCAGACGAUCAUCCCGUAAUAGAUCGCCUCUGGAACGACGUUCACCACGACGUAAAAAAUCAAUACGCAAUGGACCACUAGACCAAGAUAUACAGAUUCAUGAUGUUUUCAUCAAUGAAGAUGGAAUGAAUGAUUCCUUAUCCAAAGGUGUAUCUUUUGAUAAUAUUAUUAAUAGAUACCUUCAACCACGAAAUUUUGAAGAUAUGGAAGAUAUUAUUAAUGAUAAAAAUUCAAUAUUUAUGAUUAAACCAACUAAUGAUGAAAAUAAUUAUGUUGAUCGAUGGGAUGAUGAUCAUGUUCGUAUGCCCUGUUCACCAUCAUAUAUGACUAGAAAUAAACAUCGUGCAUGGCCUAAAAUUCAACAUUUGUUAUUUCAACUCAAAGAAAAAUGUGAAAAUAAUAGAGUAACUUUUAAAGAUCUCAAAAUAACAAUUGAACAAUGUACUGAACAUAAUUAUGAUAUGAAAUCUCUCGAAAGACUUAUUAAUGAUAUUUAUUCGAAUGAAGAACGCAUUAGUUUUAUGUUGAAAAUUCUUCCAAAUAUUUGUUCUCUUGCACUAAAUAUUGAUCGAAUUUGUAUUCGACCACCACCUUUAUUACGUAUUGAAUCGAAUCGUUCAGUUACAAUGUCUCAAAAACAAGCUGCUUCAUUAUUAGCUUGUGCAUUUUUUUGUUUAUUUCCAUAUCGUUCUGAUCAGGAUAAGACAAGUGAAUAUGAAAAUUUUCCAAAUCCAAAUUUUAAUAGAUUAUAUCAAAGUGGAUCGUUAGUAAAAGUUCAAAAACUUCGAUGUAUUUUACAUUAUUUUCAACGUAUCACCGAAAAAAUGCCUAAUGGUGUAAUUACUUUUCGACGUUUUGCAUUAAAUCGACAUUAUUUUCCAUUAUGGAACGAAUCAAACGUUCAUCUCGGUGAUAUGAAUUUGACAACGAAUAAAAAAAUUGAAGAUGUUCAUGGUGCUUUACAGCUUGAUUUUGCCAAUAAAUAUAUCGGCGGCGGUGUUUUAGGUUCGGGUUGUGUACAAGAAGAAAUUCGUUUUAGUAUUUGUCCUGAAAUGCUUGUUAGUUUACUUGUUUGUGAAAUGAUGGAAAAGAAUGAAUGUAUAUUCCUUAUUGGUUGUGAACGAUAUUCAUCAUAUAAAGGUUAUGCAAGUUCAUUUGAAUACGCCGGAGAUUAUAAAGAUGACACACCCAAAGAUAAUUGGGGACGAAAAUGGUGUCAUGUUGUAGCUAUGGAUGCUAUUUUUUUCCGUGAUCCAUCAAUACAAUAUCAGAUGAAAGUUAUUGAACGUGAAUUACUCAAAGCCUAUACAAGCUUUCAUCCUCUUGGAAAAGGACCUAAUUAUGAGUUUCCUAUUGUUACUGGAAACUGGGGUUGUGGUGCCUUCAAUGGUGACAAACAAUUGAAAGCAAUUAUUCAAUUAAUGGCUGCUUCUGAAACUAAACGUUCACUUGUCUAUGCAUCUUAUGGUGAUAAAAAUUUAGUUAAUUCAUUUUCUAUUGUUUAUGAUUACUUAAGAGAAGAAAAGGCAACAGUGAGAGAUUUAUAUUUUUAUCUUCAUCGAUAUUCUCGUUCCAACAAUCAAGUGACAUUAUUUGAAUAUAUUCUUAACACACCUGUUGCGUCUCUGAGAUCAUAA